AUGAAGAGCAGAAUCAGAAUCAAAACAUUUCUACCAUCUCCUGAGUCUUUAGAGAUUAUAAAGCCAUUUAAGAAAAGUAAAAAAGCAAGGAAAGAACGGCCUUCGAAACAGCGUUUAGCAAAGUCGAUUUAUGAAGAAACUGAUCUUUCAAAACUCACACUGAGACAAAGAGUCCUCCAUCAGAGAUACCAUCAGAACAAGCAAAGCGCUAGCAGUUUUUUCCUAUUGUCUAAUAACAUAUCAAUGAAUAAUAUUGAACAUAAAGACACAGUUUCAACAGAAAAGGCACCAAAGCGAAGCAGAUCAAAGCAUAAGCGAUCCAUUAUCUUAUAUGAAAUAAAAACACCCGAAGAUAUCAACAAAGUUAGGCUUGAUGCAUUUGAAGAAUAUAAUGGCAACUUAUCUGAUGCAUUGUCCCAAGAAAGCAGCUAUAUCCCUAUAGAAAGCGAUUUGAUAAAAAGCGAAUAUGAAUGCCUGGAAUUGCAAUGUGAAGACUCAUCUUCCAUAGAAUCUUCAAUAAUAGAGCCAUUGUGUAUUGAAUCACCAUUUUGUGACAAACCUAUUGAGUCUAAGCUAGAGAACAGCAAUCUUUGCAUAGGAUGUUUCAAAGACGCAAUAAGAAUUUAUUGCAAGCUUGAGAAUAUGAAUAGUAUCCAUCAUUGUAGACUUCAGAAGCUUAUAAUGGUUCAUAAGCACAGAAUACGACAGAGUUUCAAGCAAAACACUUGCUUUAGCGUCAUAAAAAAUGACGAAGUCCAGUUUUUAUAUACACUCGAAAACGCGAGAUGUUGUAUGCCCUGA